GGUCUGAUGAGCCAGAAAUAACGAUUGAACGAAAGAAGGUACACAUAUGUCCAGUGUGUAAAGCUAAAUUUAAGUCAAUCAUGGACUUAUACAAGCACCGUGUUGAACACAAUGAAGAUAUGAAGUCUACCUUUAAAUGUCAUGUAUGUGAUCACAUAAGCAAUAAUCCUGUCGACCUUGAAAAACAUAAAAUAGCUGAACAUUCUGCUAAUAAGUUAUAUAAAUGCUCCAUAUGUCAGGACACAUUCACACUCCUACACAACUACAAGUGUCAUUUGAGAAUCCACAACAGUAUUGGUCCAUAUGUAUGUAACAUGUGUUACAGAGUGUUUGAUAAAAAGUCACAGUUCAUCUCCCACAUGGACGAUCACGAGUUUGCUGCCACUAACCCAUACAGACAUCGCCUCCAGUGUAACAUUUGCGACAAAAUAUUUUCUGAAAUCGGUAAACUGAGGCGUCACAUGCUUACACACUCUUCAAAAAAGAAUCACGUAUGUGAAAUUUGUAAGAAGGGAUUCAUGGAACGACAUAAGCUAGGGCGUCACAUGCUGUCGCACACAGGAAAACGCGAUUAUCAGUGUCCCGAGUGCGAGAAAUCGUUUUCACUCAAACAUAAUUUAACCAUUCAUAUGCGGAUACAUGAGAAUCUACGACCAUAUCAGUGUCUCGUAUGUAAGCGUACAUUCAUUCAGAAGAUAGUUCUGCAGAGGCAUCUAAAGAUUCAUCAGGACUAUUUACAAGAACAGUCGCAUAAGUUCAGUCAGAAAUAUGUUAACUGAAAUUUGUAUGUUUGUGUAUUCCAAGAUGUGAAUAAGAUCAGAGUUAUUCCACUUCCAAUUUUAUAACAAUUUUAGAGUUAUUCCCCUUCAUUUUUAAUAUCAAUUUUGAGUUUGUUUAUAACUGUUAUAGUAGUUGAGCUGUGAUUAUAAUGUCUUUCUUUUACCUUUAUUGAAAAAAUGUUGUAUUAUUCAAAGAAAUGUAUUGAAUCAUGACUCGAAUGAUGAUAUAAUCUGGAUUUUGGUGCUUUACGUUAUUCAACAUAUUUUGCACCUGUUGUAAUUGUACACCCUUAUGACAGUUAUCUAUUUACACUGAUUUCUUAUUUCCAUGAUAAACUUAAAGUGGCAUUAUUAUUAUAGCCAUCUGAGUGUAAAUGGUCAAUGAACAGAGGAAUAAAAAUAACUAAACGUUUUUCUAUAA